CUCCCUUAACCCCCUCAUUUUUGUAUAUCUAAACUUGCUUGGCAAUUCCUUCCUAACAACUCUGAAACACCAAAAACGAAAGAAACAGGGGGCAUGGAUCCCAUCAACGUCUUCAAAGGUUACGGCAAAGUGGAGAACCUUGAAGAUCAAUCCCAACCCCGAAACACAAACGCUUCCAUCGCCAGAACUCGAAAGCCCCUCAUCACCACCGUCGCAAUCUUUUCCAUCCUCCUUUUGACUCUAACCAUCGGUUUCCUGCUCGGGGCGCUGAUUCACGAGGUAGAAACCGAGCCACCGGAGUCCCCGUCGCUCUCUUCCAACUCGGCCGACUCGCUCAAGACCGUGUGCAACGUUACCCGGUACCCCGAAUCGUGCUUCUCCAGCAUUUCCAACCUCACCUCCCCAAAACCCACCGACCCAGAAGCCAUUUUCAAGCUCUCUCUCGGAGUCUCCAUCGCCGAGCUCACGAAAUUCAAGACCACGGUCUCGAAUUCGAACGAGGCUGCUUUGCGCGACUGCCAGACCCAGAUAGAGGACGCGCUGGGUCGACUCGGUGACUCGGUGGCGGCGAUGGAGGUGGGCCCGGGAGAGGAGAAGGUGUUGACGGAGGCCAAGAUCAGCGAUCUGCAGACGUGGAUCAGCGCUGCGAUGACGGACCAGGAGACGUGCUUGGAUGGGUUGGAGGAGAUGAAGUCAACUGCUGUGGAUGAGGUCAGGACCAAGAUGCAGAUGUCUAGGGAGUACACCAGUAAUUGCUUGGCAAUAUUGGCUAAUAUCCACACCCUUCUUGACAAACUCCAUAUGUCCCCACUUCACUGAUUUUUUCUUCAAAGAAAACCACCUGAAAUCUUGCUCCCAUAAUUUGUGAUCUUAAUUUGUGUUUUUUUUUUUUUUUUUUGACUUGUUUCUGAUGUUUAUUUGUCAUCUUGUACGCACUGUUAAAUUGGUAAUGCAUGUAUAGAGAUAGAGAUAUUAGGGGCACAUCCCUAUCUUGUAAAAUUUACAAUAGUAAUUGUUUAUUGGAUAGAAAUUUCUUGUUUUUGUCAAAAUGCAUUACAAAUGUAGUAGUGAUUUAGUCUC